AUGGAUGGCCCACAACUACGUGAUGAGGCCGCGCAGGAUCGCGUGCGCGCCGCUACUGAAUUUCUGGAUCCCGCCGAUGCCCGGGCACGCAGCUACCGAGCCGAUAUUGUGGUUAUGCUGAAUCGGGGCAUGCGUCGUUUGACAGUCAGCAUUGAUGAGAUCAGAGCACACAACCGCGAGCUUGCCGAUGGGCUGCUCAACUCGCCAUUCGAUUACUCACAAGCUUUUGAUGCAGCCUUGAAGGCAGUUGUCAAAACACUCCCUGGCCGACCAGCAAAGGAAACCUCCGAUGAAACGAACUACUACUGCGCCUAUGUGGGAGCAUUUGGAGAAUUUUCUUGCAACCCCCGCACCCUGGGAUCGCAACAAUUGAACCACAUGGUGUCCCUGGAGGGCAUUGUGACCAAAUGCUCUCUGGUUCGCCCCAAGGUGGUUCAGAGUGUUCACUACGUCGAGGCAAAAGAACGCUUCGUCGCCAGAAAGUAUCGUGAUCAGACCAUGGGUGUCAGCGGUGCAACCAGCUUGAAUGUUUACCCCCAAGAAGAUGACGAAAAGAACCCUCUUAUCACUGAGUACGGUUACUCGACUUAUCUCGAUCACCAGUCCAUUUCUAUCCAAGAAAUGCCCGAACGUGCCCCCGCAGGUCAAUUGCCCCGAAGUGUCGACGUAAUUCUGGACGAUGACCUCGUUGAUACCGCCAAGCCUGGAGAUCGAAUCCAGCUGGUCGGAACUUACCGUACUCUCGGUAACCGAAACGCAGGCAAUGGCUCAUCGACCUUCCGCACCGUUGUCAUGGCGAACAACAUCAUUCAAUUGUCGUCCAAGAGUGGUGGUGGUAUUGCUGAGGCUACCCUCACGGAUACAGACAUUCGAAACAUUAACAAAAUUGCGAAGAAGAAGAAUGUUUUUGAUUUGCUGUCCAAGUCUCUGGCUCCCAGUAUUCAUGGUCAUGACUACAUCAAGAAGGCAAUUCUUCUGAUGCUUCUUGGUGGUAUGGAGAAGAAUCUGGAUAAUGGAACACAUCUUCGUGGUGAUAUCAACAUUCUGAUGGUUGGUGAUCCAUCGACUGCAAAGUCUCAACUUCUUCGCUUCGUGUUAAACACCGCGCCGCUGGCAAUUGCUACUACCGGUCGAGGCUCUUCAGGUGUCGGUCUGACUGCUGCCGUUACCUCCGACAAGGAGACUGGUGAGCGGAGGCUGGAGGCUGGAGCCAUGGUCCUCGGUGAUCGCGGUGUGGUGUGUAUUGAUGAGUUCGAUAAGAUGAGUGAUGUCGAUCGUGUAGCCAUUCACGAAGUUAUGGAGCAGCAGACUGUGACAAUCGCCAAGGCUGGUAUUCACACAAGCUUGAACGCUCGCUGCAGUGUCCUUGCAGCAGCCAACCCCAUCUAUGGCCAAUAUGAUCCCCACAAGGAUCCCCACAAGAACAUUGCUCUUCCCGACUCCCUGCUUUCUCGUUUCGAUUUGCUCUUCGUUGUGACAGAUGACAUUGAAGACGCGCACGACCGAAGGAUCUCUGAGCACGUUCUGCGCAUGCAUCGCUACCGCCAGCCUGGAACUGAGGAGGGUGCUCCCGUCCGAGAACAACUCAACCAAACGCUGGGCGUAGGAGUUGAUGACCGCCAAGAUGCCAAUGCACCAACUGAGGUGUUCGAAAAAUUCAACGUCAUGCUCCACGGUGGUAUGAUCGAUGCCGCCAACGCUAAUCGUCGCCGUGGCAAGAACGUGGAGAUUAUCAGUAUUCCCUUCAUCAAGAAGUACAUCCAGUACGCUAAGAAGCGUAUCCAGCCUGUCUUGACCAAAGGUGCUGCCGACCACGUUAUUGCUACCUACUCCGCUCUCCGAAACGACGAACUCACCGGCAACAAGCGUCGUACUUCGCCCGUCACACCCCGUACUCUGGAGACCCUGAUCCGUCUGUCCACUUCACACGCCAAGGCACGCCUAUCUAACCGUGUUGAGGAGAAGGAUGCCAAACAUGCCGAAGCCAUUCUGCGAUUCGCCAUGUUCAAGGAAGUCCUCGAAGACGAGCGCCGCAAGAGACGCAAGGUGACAACCUUCGAAGACUCCUCGGAUGAUGACAGCGAUGCCGAAAUGGACGAUAACUCUGACGACGAAACCACCGCUCGCGGCACAUCGACCGCAACCCCAGGCAGACGCACUGGCCGCAUCCGUGCCGCACCGCAGUCCAGCGUCCCAGUCCCCGAAGAAGACGAAGACGAGGACCCAGACAGCCUCUACACAUCCAGCCCACGUGCCCAGCGUGUGCGCUCCAGCUUGGCCGACCGCACACAGACUCAAACUGAUUCCCAGAUGUCUAUGGCAUCCUCGCACCCAGCUUCACAGCUCGUCGAGACCCAAACAGACUCACAGGGCACUACUUCUUCGGAUGCCCCCAUCACCCCUGCCCGCAUGACAGUCUUCAAGCAGACUCUGGGUCUGCUCAUGGGCAAGCGCAUCUUCACAGACAGCGACACCAGCAAGGUCGACGACCUCAUCAACGUCGUCAACACUGCUAUCCGUGAAUCGCCCAAGCACGGCGCCGCACACGUCUUCUCCCGUCCUGAAGCUAUCCAGGCUCUGCGCGUCAUGAACGACGAGAACAUCCUGAUGUACCUUGAGGAUGACGAUGAUGUGUACCGUGUUUAA